AUGUCAAAAAAUAGUUUAGACAGUAUGGAAGCAAUAUCAGAAAAUGGUCUGGCCGAACAGCUGGCAUCGGUACAAGAAAUGGUUCAAGAAAUUAAACAAGGUUUUGUGGAAGUGAUGUCAGAAUUAUCUCAUUCCCAGACUACAGAGGAAAAUAAUUGGCGCCAAGUUUGUGAAACACAGGAUACCCAUCAAGAUCAAAUAACUCAAAUACAGACCACAGUUACUUCUUUAAAGAAUGAAGUACAGGGUGAACUGAAGAAAUUAAACAACAAAAACGUGGAAAUUGAGGACAAGAUGAAGAAUCUUGAGAAAGAAAGAGAUACAUUAUUAGACCGUCUGGAUAAUCUACAGAAAUUAUAUGAUAGUCUUGUAUAUCAAUUAGUAAGAUGUGGGUCUUUACCAGAUACAAUAAGAAAUGAAAUGGUGAAUGGUAAUUUGGAGUUAUCUCACCCUACACCAUGGCCAGAAAAACAAUUGACACAUUCUUCAUCACAUUCUAAAGAUUUAAGUUUAAAUGGUGACAGUGAUGUAACAUCUCUAGCCUGUAAAAGUUUAAGUUUAUCACAAGCUCUGAAAGAGAAAUGUAUGAAUUUAAAUCUGUCAGAAUCUAGUGAUGAUGAUCAUUCACAUCCUUGGCAACAGCCAUUGGAUUCUCAAUCUGGAAGCAGUAAAAGUAGAGGUUAUCAUUCACCACGAAAAUUAUCUCAAGUUGAUGUUUCCGAAUCAGGACCAAGAUUACAAGCUAUAGAAGAAUUAAUCCAGUCAGAGAAAGAUUACUGCUCACAAAUCUGGACCAUUUUAGAUGAUUACUUGGCGCCAUUACAAGAACGUCAUUUUCUUAGUGCAAGGGAGAUAAGUGUGUUGAUACCACCGUAUGUUGGCCAGAUAUAUGAUCACCAUUGUCAGAUAUUAUCAACAUUACAAGAACGAGUAUCAUAUUGGGGUUCCAACGUUUCUAUUGGAGAUAUUUUCUCUAGAAUGACUGAUAGUGAAGAGGAGAACAUCAUGUCAAUUUAUAGAGAAUAUAUCGCUGAUAUACCUGCAGCUGUAGGCUGUUUACGGCGACAUGUUCAACAAUCUAGAAAUUUUAAAACAUUUAUCAAGGGUCAGAAAUCUCGACACCCUGAUGGCAGUGAUUUAUUAUCAUUGAUGAUGUCACCAUUACAGAGAAUUCCACGCUACUCAUUAUUACUACAGCAAAUAUUGAAACAUACCCCAUCCACUCAUCCUGACCAUUAUAAUUUACAAACAUCACUGGCUAAAUUAAAGAGUUUUGUUGAUCAGUUUAAUAGUGAGAUGUCUCAUACUAUGAUGGCUUUAAAUACUGAUCAUUCACGACGUGAUGGUCAUUCUUUUCGUUCAAGUGCCAGUGGUAGUAGUUGUGAUAUUGGUUGUUUACCCAGUACUAGAGAUAGUGGGAUACAUUCUAAUGGGGAAAAUAGUCACAGUCGUUCUUCACGUUUACCAGAUAAUCUGGAUAGGGGUAAUUUUCUACCAGAGUGGAUAGAACAAUCAAGUGGAUAUUUAGAUCAGGAUACAGGACGUUCCCGUGAAACAUAUCGUGAUUUACAUCGUAUGAAACUAGCAGCUAGAAGUCAGCCAGAUCUAUCUUCAUAUAAUAAAACAUAUAACAGACAUAAUCAUCUAGUAGACUCACAUACUCGUAAUCUAGACAGUUUGUCAAGUCUUCAUCAUGUUGAUAAUAAAUUUAAACGACCACGUUCACGACGACUAGAUGCUUCAGAAGGAUUGUUAAUAAACAAACGACCCGUCUCUAUGUCCCAUAAUCAAGUCAAUGCUGUUAGGGAACUAAGUUAUGUAAAUAAUUCACCAAGAGGACGUCCAGCUUCUGCUAUUGAUUUCAUGCUACCAUCAUCAGAUUCUCGUCAAAAGAAUAAUCGUGAUCAUCUGCUGCACAGACCCCACACUUCGCUUGGACCAUUAACAAGGGACCCAGUUUCACGAAUUCCAAACAGUCGUAGCUUUCAAUCAGAUAAUUAUGCCAGUGACAGUAGCAGGGAAUAUUCAACAACUCCCAGAUCAAAACCUUUCAUUAAGGAAGAAACUCCUCAAAAACAUGUGAUACAUAGAAAUGACAAAAACAGACAUCGUGAUAAUAGUGACUACGAGGAGCGCCGCAGUGAAUAUGAUGACAGGCGUGAUCAUAGCUAUGGAAAUCAGAGUCGUGACAAUUAUGAACGUGAUACUGGAAAUUAUCCAUCAGGUCGUGAUGCUGGAAAUUUAGAAAGAAAUAGUGUUCAAGGAAACUAUGCCCCUAAUUGUGAUAAAGUAAAUUAUGACAGAAAUUUUGAUGGACAUUAUUAUGACAAUAAUGAAUCACAGUAUCACCCAGAUGAAUCUGAAACAUAUCCCAGUGUGAAUGGAAUUUCCCAAUAUCAUGCUGAUGUUGAAGAUGAAGAUGACACUGCUAUUCAUCCUACUGAGAAUAUUCACAAUAACAAGGUUAAAUAUGAUAACCAUGCCGAUCUAGAUUACGGACAAAAUCAGGCAUAUCUUGAACCACAGAAUACCUAUGAUGGAAAUAGCUUUAACAAUAGUGAACAUGCUGCGUCUGAUAUGAGUCAAGAAGAUAUUGAUAAAUCGGCUAUGAGAAGUUUACGUCUUGAUGAUAUUCAGGAUUCAAUAUUACAAAGUAACGAGCGUGAAGUGGAAGGAGAAUCAAGUGACCCUUUACCUCAGAUUUCACUUCAUUUGUCUCAUAAUAACAUCAGUCAACUUAGUAAUAGUGAUAAUCAUGAAUUUGUGCAACCAAAUGACAAAAAGGACAGUAACUCAUUGCCGAAAAAUCUUAACACAGACCCCCAAUCUCAGUCAAUUUGUAUUCCUACAGAUAUUGAUGUUCGUAAAAAUUUAGAAAAUAAGAAAAAGAAGAAAACCACUAAGCGUUAUACAUCAUUAGAACAUAUACCUAUGGCUGAUGAUAGUAGAAAAAGUAAAAAUAUCAAAUCUUCAUUGAAAAAUCUAUUUUCUAAGAAAAAAGGAUCAGUUAAAAUGGAUGAUCUAGAAGCUGAAUUUGCUAAAGAAUUAAAAAGACAAAAGGCUACAUUAAAAUCAAGUAAUUUCCCCCAAAAUGGAAUGAAAAUUCACCUUAUUGAUAAUAAUAAUAGCAAAGUUUCAACUUUUAAAAAUCUAAGACCACAACUAUUUACUAUAUUUCAAAGAGAACCAGCUAAUAACUAUGUUUCAUAA